CUCUUCUUCAGGUCUCCCAUUGUCAUUCCCUUUCUCGCUAUUGUCGCUAUUGUCGCUAUUGUCGCUAUUGUCGCUCUUUACCUUCUCGUAUUCCACUUUUAUCAGUAUUCCCCGCGGGAACUGCCUUCUCUUAGCUAUACUACUUCUACUGGGUCCCUACUCCGCCCCAACGCCUGCUGGUUGCUCAGGCCUUCUUUAUUCUCCGCAUCUGCGAUAUCUAUCUACUGGACCGCAAUACGAAUGCGGUCUAUUAGUCUAACGGGCCGCUGCUUCUGCCAAUAGUAAUCAAACAUUUUUAUGUAUCAGAGCGCCCCUGAACUUUGUGCUGUGUCACUUAGACCAUGGACUGGCCCGCCGAACUCCAAUAUGAUCGUCCACCUCUCUUUCCACCGAAGUCGCCGCGCCUAGAGCCCGUGAAAGACGUUCCUUUCUCGUCUGGCGAAAGCUAUUCUUUAGAGCAUCCAUCGUCUGAGAUCCUUUACAAGAACUCGCCCUCCAAGAGCUCUCCGGCGCUUCCUAUCGAGCCCGUCGCCGGUGUUCUCUCGCUGCACAACUAUCGCAAGUCGCUUUCCAGCGACCCCAGCUGGGCUGGCUGCCAGGAAAGAAAGACGCUGAGGCGCAAGAACGCGGCCUCGAAUCUUAACAGAACAACGGCGGCUCCGAUGGGGACUUUUAUCCAAGAUGCCUACCACCCCCCUUUUCCUACAUCCUCAACAACGUCGAGUCCCCCGCCGCCAUUAUCGCCGUCAUACUCGCCUAGUGCCUUGAGUGAGCAGUUACCGGACUUUCUGGAUGGGUAUGGAUAUCCGUUGUCUCCGCUGGCGGAUACAAGUUACGGUGAGGGCAUGGCCGGUAACAAGCAGAACCCGUACAAGCUUCUGGAUACUUUCCGCGAUCGACUCGACAGAUUCCCGGACGUUGAUAGCCCAGAUACCAUCGAGUUCCACGGUCACAACAGAGCACGAUCAGAUUCAGUUUUAUGGAGGACCUCGCGGGUUAGAAAAUCACCUGCAACGGCCACGGUGGUACAUCAGGGAACGUGUUUUGAGAUUCUCAACCCGCACGAAUCUUUGGACUUUGCGCGGAUCGUUUCCUACAUUGAAGACAAGGAUUGCCAAUCGGCUGGCACCCGCAUACGCGAUUUUUAUACCAAUGGCAGUGACAGUUCUCACAUCAACGAAGAACCACACAUAUACGAUACAUCUUGUGAGAUUCCCGUGACCGAAGAAAGAGUUCAUCACGACCUCGUCGGUGACUCUGCACAGCACCCAAUUCCAUCUAUUUCCCAGCGACUCGAAGAAGACAACGACGACGAAGAUGACGACACUGCGUCCUGGGAUUCAUCCACUAUACGGGCACCACUGUCCCAACCGUUGACCAGGGUCCGAAUAGGCACAGCGCUCAAUGAGUCCGAUCUUGGUGAGCCAGGGCCGCCUAUUGACAGCAGAGACAGCCUGCCUAUAGCGCAACCGACGUCCACAGACAUAGACCCCUUUCACAUUGCAGCACUGUAUGAUAUUGGACACCUACCAGCGCAGGGUAAAGGAACCGACAACCCCACGGCCGUUAUCUAUAGCGACCGCAAACCUAUCCGGAAAAGAUCUACCAUUCGAAAAAGUCACAAUCGCAGCCACAAGAUAACUUCCUCCUUUUCGUUUUCUCCAUCCACCACCUCUGCUACAGUUACUGCGUCGACGCCGCUGAAGCGGUUGAGAGGCUUAGCUCAGUCCUUGCGUCGAAAGACAUUUGCACGUGCUAGUCUGUCCUCCUGAUUAGCGUAACGUUGAUUUACUGCCUCUUCAUAUCCUCCCUUUCAUUUCUUUCUAUUAUGUAACAAAAGAGAUCGUUGAACGAUGCUCCAACGU